UCUCCAUAUUCCGUGCCGAGCGGAUAGUUUUGGUAGCCGCAGUCGACAAGUUUCCUCUGUUUUCGUAAGAUCUGGAGGAUUUCUACUUGUUGUUUCACGUUCCUCCCCAGGCUGGUGGUACAUCAACUCGACUUGGGACGGACGGAAGCUUUGCCAUGCGGGCCAGCCGCCGAUUUUUCACCGAAGUGGUUGUGGUAGCGACUCGCAGGUAGCAGUUUUGAAGACGAUACGCGAGAAAAGUUGGACUAGUCCACCACCAUGUCGUGGGGGGCAGAUGAUACCAGCGUCCGCGUGGCGCUGAGAAUCCGCCCGCAGCUCGCCAACGAGAAGAUCGACAUGUGCCGGACGUGUACGCACGUGCCGCCGGGCGAGGCCAUGGUUACCCUGGGCAACGACAAGUCGUUUACGUACGAUUACGUUUUUGAUACGGACUCACAUCAGGACAGGAUAUAUGAAGCCUGUAUCCAGCCGCUGAUCGAGGGGUGUUUCGAGGGAUAUAACGCGACUGUACUGGCAUAUGGACAGACGGGUGCUGGUAAAACCUACACCAUGGGUACAGGGUUUGACGUCAGCAUCUCUGCGGAGGAGCAGGGCGUGAUCCCGCGUGCCGUGGAACACCUGUUCCGGGGAAUCGGCGAGCGACGAAAGGCCGCACUGGAGAGAGGAGACCCUCCGCCCGAGUUCAAAAUCAACGCACAGUUCAUGGAGCUUUAUAAUGAAGACAUCAAUGAUCUGUUUGACCCGUCCAAGGAACAUGGUAAGAAGUCUCACAUUAAGAUCCAUGAGGAUGCUACAGGUGGGAUCUAUACUGUAGGUGUCACCACCAGGGCUGUCAGCUCCAAGGAAGAGAUCAUACAGUGUCUGAAGAUGGGCGCCCUGUCCCGUACCACGGCCAGUACCAACAUGAACGCCCAGAGCUCGCGCUCCCAUGCCAUCUUCACCAUCCACAUCAAACAGCAGCGUGUCGUACGGAACACCGCGCCCGCCGGGGACGAGGAGGAAAAGGACGACACGGACAAGGAGACAGACACCGCCGCACUCAACGACUUCGAAACCCUGACGGCAAAGUUUCAUUUCGUAGAUCUCGCUGGGUCGGAGAGGUUGAAGAGAACUGGGGCUACAGGAGACAGACAGAAGGAGGGUAUUUCUAUUAACUGUGGCCUGCUGGCCCUGGGAAAUGUCAUAUCUGCUCUGGGAGACCCCAAGAAGAAGGGAAGCCACGUGCCUUACAGAGACUCUAAGCUAACCAGACUGCUGCAAGACUCCCUAGGUGGCAACAGCCGUACCCUGAUGAUAGCUUGUGUCAGUCCAUCCGACAGAGACUUCAUGGAAACACUAAACACGCUCAAGUACGCAAACCGCGCUAGAAACAUCAAGAACAAGGUCUCCGUGAACCAGGACAAGACCAGUAAAAUCAUUCAGGAGCUUCGAGCAAAGGUUGUGGAACUGGAGACAGAACUGUUGGAGUACAGACAGGGUCGUCGGACAAUAGGAGAAGAUGGAGUGGAGUGUAUAAAUGACAUGUUCCAUGAGAACACCAUGUUACAGACAGAGAACAAUCAACUCAGGAUGAGGAUCAAAGCCAUCCAGGAAACCGUUGAGAGCCAGGCUGCCCGGAUCAGUCAGCUGAUGACAGACCAGGCGCGCUGGCAGAUCCACCAGGCAGGCGAGGACGGAGAGGAUCAGGUGGGAUCCAUGAUCCAGGGAUACAUGAAGGAGAUCGAGGAACUCAGGGGAAAGCUGAUUGAAAGUGAGAGCAUGGUGACUCAUCUCCAGCGCAGGAUAUCCAACCAGGGAUUGUCUCUCUCCACGUCUCUGUCGUCCCGUAGCCCGUCUCACAUCGCUCUGACCGGUGGACUGGACACCUCCGACCUGACCAACCAGUUUGGAGGCGGCUCCCCAGUGUCUCCCAUCGCUGAAGACACAGAGAGCAUCAUAAGUCUGGCCAAGAAAGACCUGGAGAACCUUAAACACAGGAAGAGUCGAGUUAGAAAACGGCACAAUUCAGAAAGUUCUGACAAGGAAAACAGGAGCGAGGGAGAAGAAGAGCAGGAGGAAGGAGGAGAGAAGAAUGGAAUGGGAGAAGGAUCAGAGGAGGAGGAGGAAGAUGAGGAUGAGAACCAGGAGGAGAAGGAUGAGGAGGAGGAGGAGGGGAGCAGUGACAGCUCGUCUGAAGAGGAGGACGGGGAUAAUCUGGAGGAAGACCUGGCAGACAUCUCGUGUGAGAUCGCCAUCAAACAGAAGCUGAUAGAUGAACUGGAGGUGAGCCAGAAGAAGAUGCAGGUGCUGAAGUACCAGUACGAGGAAAAACUCCUGAACCUGCAGCAGAAAAUACAGGCUACGCAACAGGAGAGGGACAAGGUGCUGGCAAACAUGGAGUCCGUGGACCACAUCGCCGAAGAAAAAGCCAAGAAAAUCAAGUCUGAAUACGAAAGGAAACUCAAGAACAUGCAGGAUGAAGUGAAGAAGCUGCAGGCAGCGAAGCGUGAACACGCCCGGCUGAUGCGGAACAACGCGCAGUACGAGAAACAGCUGAAGACGCUGCGACACGACCUGGACGAGAUGAAGAAGACAAAAUGUCGCCUGAUGAAACAGAUGAGAGACGAGCAGGCGAAAAGCAGAGAGUCGGAGAACAAGAGAACGCGUGAGCUGGCCCAGCUGAAGAAGGAACAGCGUCGUCGUGACAACCUGAUCCAGCAGCUGGAGCGCGAGAAGAAGCAGCGAGAACUCGUCCUCAAACGCAAACAAGAAGAAGUCAACUCCCUUCGCAAACAGGCUCGACCAGUAUCUGGCAAAGUCGGCGACUCGCGAAAGAAAGCGCCAACGGAUCCCCAAGCGACAAACGGGCACGCGGAAGAGAAGCCCGACCUCGCGCCCAAACCCCGCCCUAGAACUGCUCCCUCCGUGCGAUCUGCUGCUAGCUCGACAAAAGGUAGCCAAUCGAAACCCUCGAGUGCAAUGGAAAAACCCGGUGCAAUACGCGGCAGUCACAUUCCAGCUCCGACGUCCACCCCGCGUCGGGUUAAACACCAGCGGAGGCAGUCGUCGGAGAAAAUGGCGAAAAUGAAGUGGCAAUCGCUGGAAAAACGGGUGGGGGAAGUCAUCGCACGGCGACAGACGAUAAACCACAUGGAGCGCGACAUGGAGAGAUGGCUACAGGAGCGAGAGAAGCUGGGAAAACGGAUCGAACGAAUCAAGCAGAAGAGAAACAAGGCUGUGGAGGAGUGUAAAGAUCCCAAAGUCCUACAGGAGUUGCAGGACCAGAUAACUGUGCUCAAUGACAACAUUGAUAACGUUAAUGACAACAUCAUGGAGAGCCAAAACAGCAUCAUGCAGAUGUCUGAGGAGGGAGAUCCUGUGGACAUCACAGCUGUCAUCAACUCCUGUUCCAUUGAGGAGGCUCGGUACCUACUGGAACACUUCCUGAACAUGGUCAUCACUAAAGGCAUGUACGCUGCACAGAAGGAGACAGAGUGCAAGGAGCGUGAAGCUAAGGUCCACACGUUAGAGCACAGCUACAACAUGACCCAGGACCUGCUACAGCACCUGAUCCAGGGGCAGGCAGAGUACGACCCAGAACUGGAGGAGGUUCUCGGGAACUCCAUGGCCGCCGUCGCCCCUAGCAACAGCAGCAGCGCCUCGUCCACGCGGUCCGCCUCUCCCGUCAACGAGGCUGAGGAUAAAGUAACGGACCUGGCAGAGAUCGGAACCAGGCUUGCUGCGAUGGAAGCUCAACAGAAGAAGGAGAAAGCCAGAAGAAGAACAGCCACCCCUAGUGACCUCCUCUUCGCAGACAGCAGUGACUCGAACUCAGACAUCGCUUCAUGUGACAUCGUCAAACCCUCUCCCACAACUCUUAUCCCAUUGGCGGAGCAAAAUGACGAAUCAACCAAUCAGGAAAGGGCGGAUGAGGUUGAUGCUGCUAAACUGAUGCCGCCACCCGCUGCUCCUCUAACAAAGCCCCCUCAAGUUUCCUCGCAAUCCACUGGCGGGCUCCGACGAAGUAAAUCCGGGUCGAGUCUACCGACAACGCAGGUCAACGCCGCACCACCGGACAAGAGGUCAACGACCCCAAGCAUGCGACGGAAAACGUACACUAAACCACCUCCUCCGAUCUCUCGGACAAACUCUACAUCGGAUACAGGGUCGGAUAUGACGAUAACGCCGCCUGGUUCACCAACGUCGCUCCGGCCUCCAGAUCAGAACGUGUUUGCUAGACUGAGCGCGCCGAGUAACAGCCCGCACAAACUCGAUAAAGGUUCCAUUAACCCGUACAACAGCGGCCGUUCUGCGUCGCGAUCGUCCCCGCUCACGUGCAUGCACCUCGCCGAGGGGCACACGAAAGCCGUCCUCUCAGUCGACGCAACAGACGACCUUCUGUUCAGCGCCUCGAAGGACAGAACAGUGAAGGUUUGGAACCUUGUGACAGGCCAGGAGAUCAUGACCUUACCUGGACAUCCCAACAACGUGGUGGCGGUUCGCUACUGCUCGUACACGGGACUGGUGUUCAGUGUGUCCACGUACUUUGUGAAGGUCUGGGAUAUUAGAUCGAGCUCAGCAAAAUGUGUGAAAACUCUCACUUCUGCUGGCCAGGUGCAGACCAGCAUGGUAAGCACCACGACCACGCGCACCCUGUCCAUGCCGGCGGGAGAAACUCAGAUCAACGACAUCCGGCUCAACCGCUCCGGGUCCCGUCUGUACGCCGCCGCGGGGAACACCAUCCGCGUCUGGGACCUGAACAAGUUCCAGCCAGUUGGGAAGCUGACGGGCGGACACUCGGCCGCCGUGAUGGUCAUGGGCCACGGAGGGACCAGGAACGAUACGCCCGUCGUCGUCUCAGGGUCGAAGGAUCACUACAUCAAGGUGACCUUGUGUUCCAGAGAACAUGACGGAAGCAUCAACGCCAAGUACAACCUGGAGCCGCCUCACUACGACGGGAUCCAGUCCCUCGCCAUCAUGGGAGACUUCCUGUUCAGCGGCUCACGCGACACCUGCAUCAAGAAAUGGGACCUCGCCAACCAGCAACUUAGACAGUCGAUCAGCAAUGCGCACAAGGACUGGGUGUGUGCGCUGGACUUCGUGCCAGGCCGGCAGAUGUUGCUAAGCGGUUGCCGGGCGGGGCAGCUGAAGGUGUGGCAGAUGGAGGACUGCUCGCUGGUCGGAGAGGUCAAAGGUCACGACAGCCCCAUCAACGCUAUCUGUUCUAACUCUUCACAUAUAUUCACAGCUUCAAGUGACCGUAACAUUCGCAUAUGGCGGCCGCAAAGCGCGCUGGACGGGCAAAACUCCGACAACACCGACACCAACGAUGAGGGGCAUGCCAGCAUAUAAACCUUCACUGCAACAUGUCAAUCAUUACCAUAGUAACCAGGUUGCCAUGACAACACAUUACAUCACCAUGGCAACCAGGUAGUCAUGG